CUACUACUAAAUAAUAAAUUAGCCUAAUAAAAUCAAACGUGACAAAAGGCUGCAUCAUCAGUCCGUGAUACACUAACUCUAACCGACUAACCUAACAGUAACACGUAAACGUUACUUUAAGAAGUUUAAGUCGUUUAAGAGUUAAGUAAGACUUAAGACAUAGAUCUAAAUGAUAAGUUACGUAUGAUGAUGCAGUUAAACUUAAGUACUUCGUUACUACUUACUACUACUCACUACUGACUGCUGCAUAACAUAAAUUAAACAUAAUCACUGAAUCAGUCAUAAUCCAAAGUGAAAUUUAUAAAAUGGAAUUACAAGCAUAAAAUAUCAACCUUUAAACUUACAGCUACUUUGAGAGAUGACACCAUCCAUUUGUAAAGAAUGUGGUUGUCGGUGUGAUAAUUGCGGAAGUGGAGCUGAUUCCUACCUGGAUCUCCAUCAGCAGAUAGCUGAGCUGCAUAGCCAGCUCCACAGAAGUGGUUCUCAUAUUUCUAACAUAGAGCAUGAACUUAUCAGCAAUAAGCAAGCAAUGGAUUUUGAGUUGCUGAAAACUAGAGAGGAACUUAGUAGACUUAGAGAGAGAUAUGACAGAUUACUUGAAAGUCAUAAAAAAAUGCAGAAAAUAAAUCAUGAAUUAGAAGAAAAACUUUUAAAGAUGGUUGGCCACUUUGAGGCAGAGAAGUUAUCCCUCCAACAUGAAGUUACCACUGUCAUGAAUAAACUUGUAGAAGCUCGAGUUCUCAUCCAUCAGCUUGAUGAAGAAAGUGAAAGAUAUAGAACGGAUUGCAACACUGCGGUUCAGUUGUUACAAUGCAAGCCAUCAAAUUUUGUUGCACAUAAGUUGACCACUUUGCCUGUGGACCUGCAGGACAGAUUAAAGCAACACAUGACAAGAGAAGAAAUUCUUGCAGCAGAAAAUGGUGUAAUGGGAGGACAAGAAGAACAAAAGCUUGUACGAGUUCCCAUGGCAACCUUUCCCCCUUGUGCAAUGGUUUAUUCUCUUAGCCAGAACAUUCACAAACAAAAAGAUCCACCUUUUGAUACUGAUGCCACGAAAGGCUUUGUUCCAAUGUCCUUAAUAGCACGAGUCCUAACACAAAGAGAUCCGCGCAAAAGUUUCCCUCGCAUGUUUCUUUGCAUGUCCUGUAAGAAGGAUGUAUUCCAUGAAGACAAAGGUUGUCAGGUUGACUUUAUUCCACGAACAUCAAAAAGCUUAGAGAUAACUGCAAGACCUGUAGAGAGAAGUCAAAGUUUUGUCCAUUCAUCCAGCCCUAAGGGAUCCUGUUACAACCUCUUGUAUCCAACUAAUGCUGCUUGUAUAGGUACAGGUAGAGACAGGUUGACAAGCACCAGUUCAGAGACAGAGUUUUAACUGCCAACAAGAGCACAAGCUACCCACUGCCUUCAACCCUACUACACCUUUAUCCCUGAGAACUGUGUGUACAUCUCACACACUCAAUAAACAACUGUACAGAGCUAGUUAGCUUUUGAUAGUUAAGCUUGAUUUAAAAAUUCCUUAAGACAUUCCACUCUCACUAAAUAUUUGUGUUGUUUAAUUACAGAAAUGUACUUGCAUACAAAUGUGUUUUCCAUUUUUGCAACACUCAUAAUCUCUGAGUCCCUAAAAACUUAACUAGGUUAAAAACCCCAUCCUGAUUUCUGAACACCAGCCAUACUUGCACACCUGCCCUUAUUGAAUAAUUUAUGUUCACUGGUUUAACAUCUUACCAUUUUAAAAUACACUUAAAUAGUAUUAUUUAUUUAAACGCUUAUUAACCAUUGUAUUUUUGUGCAUAAAAAAUAUGGGAAGUUAUUUUUAUGUUAAAAUAAUUCCUAAUGUUCACCACUGUAAUAAACAAAUUGUAUUAUGGGCUUUUAAAAAUGUUAAAGAGAUGAAAAGUAUUUAUUAAAAAUGUUGACAGUGUAUAUGUUUGUCUAAACAUGUAUUUAGCCACUUGCUGAAGCAGAGUUAACACAGAAAAACAUUUGCCCCAGGGUCUGUUUCUCUAAGAAAGAUCACAAAGAAAGUGUUUAAAAAUCUAUAUAAAUAUAUUACAAAACAGCAGAAGCUUUGAUUCUUUUUUUGCUAGAGAUAUAAAGUAAUACAGUUGAGUAUGGUAAUAAUUACACAACAAAUGAUUUAAACUUCAUCUUAUGUUUUAUAUCAGAUAUGAUUAGACUGGCAAAUCACUCCCUUUCACAUCAGAUUGUUUCUUUCCAUUAAACAUCUCAAGAUUUUAAUCAGUUAUUAAAAAUGUCAAGAAUACCAAAAGGAAUGUUUUAAUUGUACACCUUUUCAUAUUUUUAGUUGACAGAUUUCAAUUUUCCUAAAUCUUUUUAUAAUGAUUGAUACUCAUGUAAUAUACAGUGUAGCCUUGUAAACUUACAUUUUGCAUAGCUGUUAUAGUUUUCUUUCUUGGAAAUUAUUUUAAAACUGUAAUUUUAUGCAUCCAGCUUACUUAGAUUUUAUUUUAUAAGGUUUCAACUACACAAACGUGUAGAAUUGUUUGUAGAUAUUUUUAAAACCCUCUCUAUGGCUGAGUUAUGCCCCUUUCCUUAGGAAUGGGGGAUGGACAUAAAAUGGUAGCUUAUAACCAACUAUAAACUAGCAUCUUUGAAUUGAAAUCAAAGAAGUUAAUUGUCAGUUUUGAACUGUCCUUCCUGAAACACCAAUUACCCAUGAAAUACUACCUCAACACAUAUGCUUGAAUGUUGCUUUAAAAAGAAAUCACCAAAAUUGCCCCUAUGAUGUCAGCAAUAGACCUGCUUGUUACAAAAAUUAUGCAACCAAUCAACCCUCAUUAUUUAGGUGAUUGACUGAGUUCAACAGGCUGUCAUGGUCAACUCAACUAAAAAUGGCUGAGAUGUUUAAAUAACUUUAAAGCUUUUAUGUUUUAGAAAGGUAGUACAUAAAUUUGAUAAAUAGGGUACACAGUUUUAUUUUUCGUGAAAGGUAAAAUUAUCAAAGAUAUUGAUGCUGCAUUAAAUAAAAGCAUAGUAUCACCAUUUUGGAACUUUAACACAAAUCUCAGACAAUGUUGAUCAUAACCUUCUCCAGAUAUAAACUGCUAAAUUAUUUGAAGACAAAACCCCAGCUAAAAAAAUGCCACAACCAAAACACACAAAAAGCUAUGAUUGUCUACAAAGAAUAACAGACAAUAGUAAAUGAUUGUUCCACCCAGUCAAACUAUAUUGGAGGACUUUUCAAUCUGAAGUUAAGUUUUUAUUUGAUAAAAUUAAAAUAUGUUCUGAAAAAUGUAUGUAUUUUGGAGAGAAAAAAAUCUAUUGUUUUUAUUUUAGAAAUAACUGUAAAAUAUAAACAAAAACUAUAAGAUCUAUUGACAAACUUGUUCUAUUUUAUAUGAAAACCGCAAUUCAUAACUGAAAAAAAAAAAGUUAAAAACUUUCAGUUGAUAAAAAAAUACUUGUAUUUUUUAGCAAUUGGCUUUUUGACCAUUAGUUCUUUGGGCAAUCAACCUUCAUGUUCAGUUAAAUUACAGGCAAAGUGUGAAAUAUUUGUGUUGUUAUUUACUUUGCCUAUGCAUUGUAUAAAAUGCCCAGAUAUUCUUGAAAUAACAAACAUUCUUUUGGGCAAAGUGUGAAAUUAAAAAGAGUAGUACAAAAAAUAUCAAUAUAUGAUUUGCCAUUAAUACAAAUACUAUAUAUAUACAGCAUGCAUAUAUAUAUAUAUAUAUAUAUAUAUAUAUAUAUAUAUAUAUAUAUAUACACAUCUAUAUAUAUAUAUACACAUCUAUAUAUAUGAUUCUCUUCUGGUAGACGUUAGAAAAAAAGCUGCAAGCGCGCCUUACAGUCCCCUCUCUUCCUCUCUAUUGCUACCACCCCCACCCCCACCCCCCCCCCCUCACAUGGUCAGGUGAGCUGUGGUUCAGGCUAAAUGUUUACAUUUUACAAUCAACUAAAUAGCGGCGUAUGAUACACCGCGGGUUGGCUUGUAUAUAUAUAAUGGUGUCUUGUGGAAAAUGAAUCAAGAUGAGCAAGUAUUUAGAUGAAAACAAAAUGAUUAUUCAAUCUAGUAGUAUUAAUUUACAUUUUAGGAAUAUAUUUAUGUUUCAGAUUGUGGUUAGGGUUAUGUUAUAUAUAUAGGCCUAUAUGUAUAUAUAUAUAUUUCUUUCUUUCUUUAGCGUCCAUGUUUGCAUAUUUACAUUUAACUGAAAUUGUACAUAUUUUCCAAAACCCAUGCAGCUUCUGGUAUUUGCUGCUAGUAUUUAAAUAAACUAAAUAUCAGUACACAAUAAAAUCAAAAUGAAUUAAGGGUCUAAGUACUUUUAUUUGAACACUCACAUGAUUACACAAGUAAAAAACUGGUUAUCUUUUAAAUAAUAUAAUCAAAAAUAUGUUUUUAAUAUAUAAAAUCAAUCCUUUUUAGAAAAACAGAUUAUGUAUUUAAAAUAAUAGGCCCACAUACUGUUCAGCAUCUUUUUCCAGUCUGUUAAAUAUGACAUGCAUAUUAUAUUUAUAUUAUAAUAUUGCUAUUACCCUUAAAUUAUAUAUAUCUUGUCUGAAACAUUUUCUAUUAAAAGUUUUUAAUUUCUUACUAGCACAGAAUUAUUGGUAUAAAAACUCACUAAAACAGGAAAUGCUAUCAAUUAUUUCAAAAUGUUAAGUUUUAAGUAGCCAGAUUGUUUACUGAAAUACCAACUGCUUAUACUUGUUUUUUAUUAUCUAUUGUUAAAAGAUAUAAUAGUUGUAUAAUGUUAGACUGUUUUAAAACCACUGUUGAUAACAUCAAAUGUGACCCACCAUAAUAGUUCGAGUCACUCAAGUUCUCUUGGGGACUUUUUCAUCACUGCUGAAAGCAUUUGUAAUCUCUGCUUUUAUUUGGAAAACUGUUUUAGAAUGAUUGAACCAACAUUCUAUGAAAAAUGGUUUUACUAUUGACUUAAUCCGAAAUACAAUUCUAAGAAAUUAUAAAUUUGCAAUCUGGCAUUUUUAUAACAAGCAUAUUUGUCAGGGAGGCUUACUCUAAAACAGGUGUACUGUCAGGGGGACUUACUCUAAAAUAGGUGUGCUGUUAGGGAGGCUUACUCUAAAAUAGGUGUACUGUCAGGGAGGGUUGCGACUGUUUUUACUUUGGAGAUAAAUUUCACAUAAAAAUAAAUUUUUCGACUAUUAUUUUAUCCUUUUCCAUUUCAUAAAAAAUUUCUUUUACAUAUAUAUUUAAUUAUAACCUACUUUAUUUACCAGGUGAAACUUCAAUUUGAAUUUCAGAUAAUGUUUGCUGGGUUACAGUUCUUUUAAUUUAAUGUAUUUUUCAUAAUUAAUUUAAGUCAUGGUGGCAUUAUUUUAUGUGAUUUUGCAAUUAAACAUUGGGAUAUGAAGGUCAUUAUUUUCAUAAGACCUAAUUUACUAUAACCGUUUGUAUUUUUUAAAUUCCUUUUUUAUGCAGAUACCAGCAUAUGGUCUAAAUGUUUUAUUCAUAUGGGAGUUGGGGGUACAAUUCUGGAUAAAACAUUAAAUUUUUUAAUAGAUCUAUAUAUUUUAUUGAUAGCUGCUAAAAAAUGUGUUUUCUAACUGUACUGUAGAACUGAUGUUCUCGCUAUAGGCUGCCUAAAAGUAGUAAUUAAUUAAGUAAAUAAAAAUGUGUGUGUGUGUAUGUAUAUAUAUAUAUAUAUAUAUAUAUAUAUAUAUGUGUGUGUGAACGUAUAUGUACAUGUGCAUAAGUAUAUAUAUGUAUAUAUAUAAAUAUAUUUGUGUGUGUAUAUAUAUGUAUAAAUAAGUAUAUAUAACUAUCUAUAGGCCCUAUAUAUUACUAGCCAUCUGUACCUGUUACACUGGCAAUUCUGGUGACUUUUAGAUCUCUUCUCUUUACAAAUAGGCUACCCGGUUUUUCUUUUAGAUAUUUAUCUCCGGGGAGCGGCAUUUUAGACUGUCCAGAGGUGGGACGUGGGGGGGUUGGGGGUAGCGGAAACCAGUAUUUCUAUAUUUUUUUAUGAAUUACUUUUUUCAAUUUCAUUCGGAGGUGAAUAUUUUUCUUAAAACAUCAAUAUUUUUCCACAAUCUUGUCAGAACUCAGUCAACAUAGAGUAUUUUGAUCGAUUCCUAUUGCUUUUUUAUAAUGCAAAAAAUGAUGUCACACCAUUAGAGCUCCUCCUCCCCCC